CUUUCGAUCAGUGAAGCGCCGGCAAAGCCGGAGGAAGGAUGUUACUUUGUCCUUAAUUCUAUUAUUUUCAUUCGUUCCGAAGUUCUCCUCGUAUAAUAAUAGUACGAAAGAAAAAAAAAAUAAUUGCAAGAUAAAAAAAACAAUUAAAAAGAAAUCCAUCAAAGUUCGUAGAUUCUCUCAUCGAUGAUCGUUCGAAUUGCGUUAAUAUUUCAUGGUUUCUUUUUUUUUCAAUUUUUAUCAAUUGAAAAGAAUACUUUUGAAUGAAAUAUUGACAGAUCGAUAGAACGGGGAGAAUAAACGUAGUUGAUUCGUGUUACGUUGUUUUUUCUUUUUUUUUUUUUCUUAUUCGUGCUUCUUGUACCGAGGAUAAAAUUCGAGAAGAAUAAAAAUAUUAUUUUGUCGUUAGGAAGAAAGGAUUUCGUUUUUCUUUCGGUUAAUCAAUUAAUUCGAAGAUUUGAUCUUGUAGAUCUUCGUGGAAUUUCUCUUUUGAUCUUAAUUUAAGACAAAUAAAAAAGAGAUAGCCCCGUAGAUUGAAAAUUUCUUCGUUUAUUUUGAUAUAUAUAUUUCAUCUUCGUACGUUUCUUAUUAAUAUAAUCGAAGUAUUAUGAGAAUAAUAAUCGACAACGUUACGAAGUCAUUUUAAAGAGAAAUCAGGUUUUGAGAAUAAACGAAAGGACUACAUAAAAAGGGUUCCAUAAAGGGUCCCAAAUCGAUGACCGGUGUUGUCACAUCUCCGAAAAACGAGAACGAGCAAGCAAGUUAACAAGCAAGCUGCAAGUAAGCAAGCAUACAUCAGUAACACAACGACAAAAGUGGAGAAUACGAUAAGAGACAAAAAAAAAAUUGAUCAUUUUUCUUUUAGCCUAAAAUAGUUCGAACAGAACGAUGCAUUCGAGACUGACGUUUGUGUGAAUUCAACUAGAAAACAAAAUUUUCUUUUGAGUUUGAUGAUAAUGAAACAACCAUGGCUCGAGUUAUCUUUGAAUUAAAUAAAAUAACGAAAAAUCAAAAAGAAGAUUGAGAAGGAAAGACCAACAAUCUAUAACUACGAUAAUAAAAUUUUGGUUAUUUGGGUUUUACCGAAAGUGACAGAUAAAACAAAGAUCGUUUGGUUGAUAAAAAAAUAAAAAUAAAACUAAAACAUGAAGAUGGUAGAUGAAAUAAAACCGAGUUUCCAUACGGAAACUUGGCAAAAUGAUAAUUCUACUAUGUCUAUCAUUGAUCUAGCCAGUACCAUGAUGACUACGAAUAUUAUUAAUCUUCCUACAAUACCUAAAAGACACGUGACAUUUAUUUCCCAAGCAGUUUUAACUUUGGUAUACAUUACCGGUGUUAUUGGUAAUAUUUCAGCACUGGUCAUUCUCUUCCAUCGCGAUAAGAGAAGAAACCGUAAACACCUGCUGAUGUUACGUUGCUUGGCAAGUAACGAUCUCGUCGCGUUAUUAGGUAUGUUGGUACAAAUGUAUAUCAGCAUUUACGUGGCCGGUGUUACAUCGAGCAGAGCAUUUUGUUCUCUCAGAGUUGUUUGGAGACUUUUUGGAUUGUUCAGUGGUUGCGUAGCUAUCGUUAUGGCUGCUGAAAGAUGGCUAGCUUUAACCAGACCUUUCGUUUAUCAAAAGCAGGUGACGUAUCCGGUAAUUGUCCGUUGUAUGCUGGCACUUUGGCUGGCUGCUCUGUCAUUGACCAGCCUACCGGUAUUGGGCUUCGGUCUUUAUUACAAAGACUAUCAAUGUGUUAGAUAUAGAGAGGCUACCGAACCUACUGACAUAGCUUAUGCAUACGUGUGGUUUGUUUUUGGUACUCUUCUAUGUCUGUCCAUUGUCUGGUGUAAUUUAGCAGUGUCCAGAGCAUUGAAUAGACUAAGUCGUCGAGUUGGAGCACUGAGACGUAUCUCGAGGGCUUCUUCAAGGGCUAAACCAUUGCUAACUAUAACUGGACCCACACCAGAAGUCGUAACUACUGCUGAGGAAAGAGCUUUUGCUAAACUAAUGGCAGUGCUUUCGAUAUCUUUCGUCGUUUGUUGGAUGCCACAAAUGUUUUCCAUUCCGCUCGCACAAUUCUCGAUGGCAUUGCCCGCAAAGAUGGUGACAUUGAAAAAAUGCAUUCGUAUUUUUCACGUAGUCGCUGACAUUUUAUUGUGUAUACAUUUCACCUUGGAUCCGUACAUUUACGUACUCCUUAGAAUGCCACGACCAAGAUUCCGUUUAUUGAAACCACUUUGUAGAAUUUGUUGGCCAGCUAGAAGUCGAUCUAAUUCGUUUACAGGUACAGGUGAUAAUCAUUUCAGCAGUGGUGACCCACCAACCCCAAUAACCGAAGCACCCUCGACACCCGUCAGCGAGGAACACGAAUCCGAAUUGGCAUCAGUGAACGUUUAAAAAAAAAAAA